GGCCAUCCUAUGGAGGAGCCCCAGCUGCCCCAACGGCCGCGGCCCGGCCCCCGCCCCCCGGGGGCCCCGUGACCUCGGCCAUGCUGCAUCCCAACGCGCGGACAGUCAGUGCCGCUGCCCAGCGCAGGAAGGAGUCGAAGACCCGGAGCAGUGGCGGCAAAAGCCGAAGCCGGCUGAGAUCCAGCCUGGGCAUGGCCUCACCGGACGUCACCCUGCCCGCCCUGAGCCCCGAGGCCGGCGGUAGCAGGCCCAAGUCCAUCGUCAGCCCCCGCCACAUCCCCGUGGUCAGGGUCAAGGUGGUCACCGACACUGACUUGGGGUUAGCCCAGGGUGUGCAGUUCAAGACCAUGGAUCUUAAAAGCAUCAUCAGUCUCCUUGAGGAAGACCCCAAAGAUGGUUUAGAAGAAAAGCAACUGGAGUGUAUUAAGAUGAUGGUGCAGUGUUAUCAGAAUGGAUUUCCUCUCAGGGAUUUGGCACAAAUCUUUAAAAUCAUGAGUCUGUGUACAUCAAAGAUUGAAAAACAACCCAAUUUUCUGGAUGUCGUAUGUGAAAUUCUGAAACUAUGCCGUUUGCCAUUUCUGAAAAAAAAAACAUCAGAUGAAAUCAUCUAUGCAAAAGAGAUCUCAGGAGCGGUUUCACUUCUAGAUAACUUAAUAAAGGUACCAAAUUCUGAGUUGAGGAUUCAGCUUUGUAAGUGUAUUGUUGACUUUUACCACGCAGAACCACUAAAAAAGCAAAUUGCAGGUUAUCAGCAAGUCACUUCUGCCUACAAGAUUCAGAUGAUUGAAUCAGGGGGGUUGGCAGAAAUUUUGGUUCUUUCAUGGGACCUCCUGCAAGCUGAACUUCUUGAAAAGUUGUGGUUACUUAAAACUUUGCAGCAUCUCUCUACUUCUGAAGUUAAUUGUAAUUUAAUGAUAAAAGCACAAGCAGCCAACAAAAUCUGCUCCUGCCUAAAUAACCCAGAUCCUUCUGGACAACUUCUGUUCCGUUCAUCAGAAAUCCUAUGGAACUUAUUAGAAAAGUCUUCAAAAGAAGAAAUCAUCAAACAGCUUAGUAACUUGGAAUGCUUAUUGGCUUUGAAGGAAGUAUUUAAGAAUCUGUUUACUAAAGGUUAUCGUCAUUAUGACCGUCAACUUAGGAAUGACAUCUUAGUCAUCACCACAAUUAUAGCUCAAAACCCUGGCGCGCCAAUGAUUGAAAGUGGAUUUACCCGAGAUCUGAUACUAUUUGCCACAUUUAAUGAAGUUAAAAGUCAAGAUCCUUUGGUAAAAGGACUUAAACUUUCUAAUAGCUAUGAAGAUUUUGAGCUGAAAAAAUUGCUGUUUAACAUCAUUGUGGUUUUGUGUAGAGAUUUGCCAACGGUACAGCUAUUAAUUGAAGGUAAAACGGUGGAAGCUUUGUUUACCUAUGUUAAAAAAACGGAAAGACACAAAGUAAUUGAAUGGUCUGCUGCUCAGCAUGAAGAGUUACAGCUCCAUGCAAUCGCCACCUUAGCAUCAGUGGCUCCUUUGUUGAUAGACGAUUAUCUGGCUUGCAAUGGGAAUUCUCGGAUUCUGAUGUUUUUAGAAUGGUGUGUAAAUGAAGAAACCUUCUUUAGUCAAGGGAACAGUUUCCAUGGCACUGGUGGCCGUGGCAACAAAUUUGCACAGAUGCGCUACACUGUGAGGCUUUUGAGAGCUAUGGUAUCCCUUGGCAACGACGUUGUAAACCAGGAUCUCUGUGGUCAUGGAGCAAUUAAGCAACUGAUAGGAAUCUUAAAAAUCACAGUGAACAAGCUCAAGGAAGAAGCCAUUGUUUUGGAAAUUAAGUCAGAUAUAUUACUUAUCUUGUCUGGUAUUUGUGAGAAUCACAGUCAAAGGAAGGAAAUGUUCGGAACUGAAGGAGUGGAUAUUAUUCUUCAUCUAAUGAAAGUAGACCCUAAAAAAUUUCAGAGUGGAUUAGGUCAUAACCGACUUCUUUUUAGUACAUUGGACUGCUUGUGGUGCUGUAUUUUGGGAUGUUAUUCCUUAGAAGACUACUUUCUUGAAAAAGAUGGUAUUUUUCUACUUUUGGAUCUGCUAGCUUUAAACCAAAAAAACUUCUGUAAUCUAAUUCUUGGAAUAAUGGUUGAAUUCUGUGACAAUCCCAAAACCUCUGUUCAUGUUCAUACUUGGCGAGGGAAGAAAGACCAGACAGCUGCCAAUCUCUUAAUUAAGUUGUGGAGAGAAGAAGAAAGAGACUUAGGAGUAAAACGUGAUGAAGACGGGAAGAUAAUUGAUGCAAAGAAACCUCUAGUUACUAGUUUUCAAGAAGAACAAAAAAUCGUUCCAAUGCCUGCCAGCUGUCCUACUAUUUCAAUCAUGGAGGUCUCUGAAAAUAUCAGAGCAAAAAUUUAUGCUGUACUGGGCAAACUAGAUUUUGAAAAUCUACCAGGCUUGUCUGCUGAAGAUUUUGUCACACUCUGUGUCAUACAUAGAUAUCUUGAUUUUAAAACUGGAGAAAUAUGGAAUGAAAUCAAUGAAGAACUAAAAGCUGAACGAUUCAGACCCAUCAGUGCCGAUAAAGAAACACUGGAAGCUAUUACGGUAGCUUCAGAAAACAUUGGGAAAAUGGUGGCUACGCUGCAGAACGAGAUGGUUGAAAGCCAACGCAACCAAGACAUGCACAGUGAACAGAAAGCAUAUAUAAAGAUACAUGCCACUCAUAAGCAAAAAGACAUGGCUAAUAAAUCUUGGGCAAAAUUCUUGACUAGAACAUCAAAUGCUAAAGCUUUAAAGAAAGCAAAGAAGCUUCAGGAAAAGGCUAUUGAGUCUUCCAGACCCAAAGAAUACCCGAAGAAUGCCAUCAUUCACUCAACGGACAUCAAAGGCCUAAAUAUAACAGUCCCUACUGGUGAAGUGAUAACUGUGGAAAGUACCCCUGUCUAUUUAAUAGGGGGACCAUUAGCAGACACAGACAUUGCCCUGAAAAAACUGCCUAUUCGAGGAGGAGCUUUACAAAGAGUCAAAGAAGUUAAAAUAGAAGAUAAGCCAAAAAGUUAUCACUAUCUCUAACAUCACACUAACUUAAAAAAUAAAUACUGCUUCUAGUUUUCUAGCAAAGAAAUAUAUUUUUAUGCAAAAAAAACCCGCUUAUAAUAAACAUUUAGAAUAUGUUAUUAUGGCUUUGGCAAAGUACUGUGUGAUGGGGGGGGGAAGGGGGGAUUUGUAAUUAACCAUGUUCUGUGAAUGUAUUUUGUGACUGAACAUUUCAAUAGCAUCAGAAAACUUAAGGAACUUAUUGACAGUCUUUUAAAAGUUCUAGAGAAAUAAAAUUUUAUGUUCUCUAAAACUAAAUGACACAAAAUAUGGCAGUUAAUUAUUCUUGCCAUAAAAGUAAA